UCGGGCAGCUCGAAGCCGGCGAAGGCCCCCGUGCUGCGGGCGGCGCUGACGUGUCGGUGGGAGCGGCGGCGGCCCCGGCAGCACCAUGUCCAAGGUCACCUUUAAAGUGACGCUCACCUCGGACCCCCGGCUGCCUUACAAAGUGUUAAGCGUGCCUGAGAGCACACCUUUCACAGCUGUCCUCAAGUUUGCUGCAGAAGAAUUCAAAGUUCCUGCAGCAACAAGUGCCAUCAUAACAAAUGAUGGUAUAGGAAUAAACCCUGCACAGACAGCAGGAAAUGUGUUUCUAAAGCAUGGUUCAGAUCUACGGCUCAUUCCCAGAGAUCGUGUUGGGAGCUCAUAACAUCUCCUGAAAGCUGGGGAAUAGGUGACAUUGCUGUGCAGCAGAGGUCUAUUUAUUUUGGAACUCCAAAAUGCAACUGAUGAAUUGGACUUUUUUAAAGCAAGCAGAAAUUACUUCCCAGGAUUUGAUUUUUUUUCUUUGUAAAUGGAGAUAAGGGUUCAUUUUCCUCUAAAAACACAGUAACUCAUGCACUGAUUCUUCCCUGACUAGUAGAACAGGCUGAUUGCAUGUUAUGUUGCUGUAAGAAAGACAGACUUCUCUACAGGUGUUAUUGACACCACAAGAGUAAACACAACCACCAUCAAUAGAUACUUAAAAUACUGGAUAUUGUUGAGCCUACUUCAUGAAAGGGAAAACUGUGUUAUGAUGUUGCUACAAAGAAAUUAUUCCUACUAUGUGCUAAAAGUUGGGGGUUUUCCUAUAUUUUUUUUCCUAAAGUUAUUUCCAUGUGAAGGGGAACAGCUUUCACUGGCUCAAGUAGAGGGGAAAAUUCAGGAGUUUAUUACUCAAAUAAAUAAAUUUAUUUAUUUAUCUGAGUAAUAAACUCCUGAAUAAUAUACAUAAAUAUAAUAAACAUUUAUAGUAAAGCCAAAUGUUCCAAAGUAAUUCUAAGAUUUAAUUGCUGCAAGUAUUUGAGAUCAAGGAGAAUACAGAGAUUUUUGUGCUUUAAGACAUCAUUUUGACAUACUGUGAAGUUAAAUUAAACUCAGUUUCAGAGAAUUUGUGAGACCUAGUCUCCUCACAUGAAGUGCCAUCAUCUGGGAAGGAUUGAAGUGUAAUUGGGAAUUUGUAGACUGGUCAAAUAUGUCAUUCCUUUUUAGUAAACUAAUGCUGGUUCUUUCCAGAAGUCUUGGUUUUGUUGCUGCCUGUUACAUGGAAAACAGCAUAGAAUUCACUGAAAUAUUUUGUUCAGAUUAGAAAUUGCCUUGUGUACACUAUAAGUUGUGUAUUUUAAGUAGAGAAGUUGCUGCUUUUCUUAAAGUAAUUGUCUAUGCUGUGAUUUAAUGUAUUUGGCAAAAUUUUACCAUGUUGCAUUUUUUUUUCUGUUCUACUGAGUUGAACAGAAAGAACAAUGGGUAUUGCAGUGCUUGGUUAAAUGGGUAUUCUCACAAAUACAACUGUCCUGUGCAAUCAUUGUGCUUUAGAAAGAUGUUCAGAUAAUGUGUCAGAUAAUGCAGAAGUACAAAAUGCCCUUCUGAGUGGGUGUAAGAUGAGGAAAUAAAGAAUAACUCUCCAGAAAUCAAUAUUUGCCUAUAAACAGCUUCCAAAUUUAAGAUAAACUGUAAAAUCCUGUAUUUUUCUUUAUUUUUAAUAAAUAAUUAAAUGAAAAAGUGCAAACCUUCCUCUCCUAUUCUUAGAGUUUGAAAAUAAUUAAAAACUGUUCCUGUUAAUUUUUCAGCAUGCUUUGGGAUUAAUUUUGAACCCAAAGAUAGUUAUUAUGCAGAAUUCUACAGAACACUGCCCCAAAGGGCAGAGUGCCUUGUUUUUUGUUAGUCUAAUGCCACAAUAUAAUUAGUAUGAAUAAAAUUAAUUGCUUAUAA